AGAAAGGAGAGGGAGAGAGAGAAAAAAAACCGCCCUGCUGACAUCAUCGAGGAUGACGGGGCCGGAGCGGCCGCGCCGGGCCCCCCCGCCGCAGCCGCGCUAAUGCUCUGCCUCGCCCGGCGCAGCCGCCAGCGCCGCCGCCGCCGCCGCCGGGGCCCCCCCGGGCCCCCCCCGCGCCCCCAGGCCCGGCCCGGCCCGGCCGCCGCGCUCCGCCGCAGACACCCCGCGGGCGGUGCCGCCGGCAGCCAUGCCGGCCGAGAAGGAGGACCGGCCGCAGCCCGAGGGCGCCAGCAGCGACGCGGCCGGCGGGGGCACCGGGGCCCCCCCAGCCCUGGCCGAACGCGGCCCUGCGCUGCCGCCGUCCCCUAGCAAAGGCCGCCGGGCGCCGCCGGCCGCCGACCCGCUGGACACCCGCAUCGUCAUGGGCGAGGAGACCCGGCGGCCUCCCCCCGCCGCCACCGCCCUGGAGCCCGACCUCUUCUUCACGGCGCCCUCGACGCCCGUCAAGGCGGCCUUCGCCCGGCUCACGGCGGCCGCCCGCGAGGAGGAGGAAGAGGAAGAAGAGGAGGAAGGCAGCGAAGGCCCCGGCUCGCCGCCCACCUCGCCCUCGGGCUCCUACAUGACGGCGGAGGGCGGCAGCUGGGCCUCCUCGGGCACCGCCAGCACCUCGCCCUCCUGCUCGCCCAACCUGGGGGCCGACGGCGAGGCGGCGCCCGGCGAGCCCUUCGCCCGCUCCCCCGAGGAGGAGGACGGCGACGACGAUGACGACGACGACGUGGCCCCCUUCGCCCUGCCGGAGGACGGCGAGGGGCAGGCGACGCCGGAGGAGGAGGAGGAGGAGGAGGAGGAAGAGUGGGGGGCGGCGGCGGGCGGCGCGGCGCUGGCGGGGGCCCCGCUGCUGGCCCGGCUGCUGGGUGCCGCCGAGGCCGGCCUGGUGCCGGCGGCCCUGCUGCCCUUCCGCGGCAGCCUGCUCUUCGAGGCCGAGGCCGUGGAGAUCGCCCUCGGCCCCCCCUGCGCCGCCGAGGAGGAGGAAGAGGAAGAGGAGGAGGAGGAGGAGAGCGCCUCGGCCUCCUUCCCGCGCUCCCCCUCGGAGAGCUCCGUGGCCGAGGGGCCGGACGAGGCCUUCGCCUACCGCGACGACACCUCGGCCUCCUCCGACUCGGCCUCCUGCGGCGACGAGGGCGGCCGCCCCGACGGGACCCCGCGCCCGGCGCUGCCCCUGCGCCGCCCCGCCGGCGGCAUCGAGCUCCACCUGGACGGCACUGCAGCCCUGGAGGAGGAGGAAGAGGAGGAGGAAGAAGAGGAGGUGGCGGCACCUCCGUUGCCUUGCAGCCCCAGGAUGCCCGCAGUGCUGGGUGAGGAAGACCUGGGCGAGGAAGAGCUCUCCAAGGAGAGCUUCAACAUCUCCCCUGCCAAGCAGGACCUGGCAUCAGCAUCAGUGGCGGCACCGGGUGAGGAAGACCUGGGUGAGGAAGAGCUCUCCAAGGAGAGCGGCAGCAUCUCCCCUGCCAAGCAGGACCUGGCAUCAGUGGCAGCACCGGGUGAGGAAGACCUGGGUGAGGAAGAGCUCUCUGAGGAGAGCAGCAGUGUCUCCCCCACCGAGCAAGACCUGGCAUCAGCAUCAGUGGCGGCACCGAGUGAGGAAGACCUGGGCGAGGAAGAGCUCCCCAAGGAGAGCAGCAGCAUCUCCCCUGCCAAGCGAGAGCCAGCGUUGGCAUCCCCACUGGCAUCGCUGGUGGCACCAGGUGAGGAAGACUUGAGCGAGGAAGAGCUCUCUGAGGAGAGCAGCAGUGUCUCCCCUGCUGAGCAAGACCUGGCAUCAGUGGUGCUGGGCGAGGAAGACCUGGGUGAGGAAGAGCUCCCCAAGGACAGUGGCAGUGUCUCCCCUGCUGAGCAAGACCUGCCAUCAGCAUCCCUACUAGCAUCAGCAGCAGUACCACGUGAGGAAGACCUGGGUGAGGAAGAGCUCUCUGAGGAGGGCAGCAGCAUCUCCCCUGCUGAGCAAGACCUGGCAUUGGUGGUGGUGCCAGGUGAGGAAGACCUGGGCAAGGAAGAGCUCCCCAAGGACAGCGGCAGUGUCUCCCCUGCUGAGCAAGACCUGCCAUCAGCAGUGCUGGGUGAGGAAGACCUGGGUGAGGAAGAGCUCCCCAAGGAGAGCAGCAGUGUCUCCCCUGCCGAGCAAGACCUGCCAUCAGCAGUGCUGGGUGAGGAAGACCUGGGCGAGGAAGAGCUCCCCAAGGAGAGCAGCAGUGUCUCCCCUGCUGAGCAAGACCUGGCAUCAGCAUCUCCACCAGCAUCAGCAGUGGCACCAGGUGAGGAAGACCUGGGUGAGGAAGAGCUCUCUGAGGAGGGCAGCAGCAUCUCCUCUGCCAAGCGAGACCUGGCAUCCUCAUCAGCACCAGGUGAGGAAGACCUGGGUGAGGAAGAGCUCUCCAAGGACAGUGGCAGCAUCUCCCCUGCCAAGCAAGACCUGGCAUCGGUGGUGACGCCAGGCGAGGAAGACCAGGGCAAGGAAGAGCUCUCCAAGGACAGUGGCAGUGUCUCCCCUGCUGAGCAAGACCUGGCAUCAGCAGUGCUGGGCGAGGAAGACCUGGGUGAGGAAGAGCUCUCCAAGGAGAGCAGCAGUGUUUCCCCUGCCAAGCAAGACAUGGCAUUGGCAUCCCCGCUGGCAUCAGUGGUGGCACUGGAUGAGGAAGACCUGGGUGAGGAAGAGCUCUCCAAGGAGAGCAGCAGUGUUUCCCCUGCCAAGCAAGACAUGGCAUUGGCAUCCCCACUGGCAUCAGUGGUGGCACUGGAUGAGGAAGACCUGGGUGAGGAAGAGCUCUCUGAGGAGAGCAGCAGUGUCUCCCCCACUGAGCAAGACCUGGCAUCAGCAUCAGUAGAGGCACCGAGUGAGGAAGACCUGGGCGAGGAAGAGCUCCCCAAGGAGAGUGGCAGCAUCUCCCCUGCCAAGCAAGACCUGGCCUCAGCAUCCCCACUGGCAUCAGUGGUGGCACCAGAUGAAGACCUGGGUGAGGAAGAGCUCCCCAAGGAGAGUGACAGCGUCUCCCCUGCUGAGCAAGACCUGGCAUCCUCAGCACCGGGUGAGGAGGACCAUGGUGAGGAAGAGCUCUCUGAGGAGAGUGGCAGCAUCUCCCCCACCGAGCAAGGCCCGGCAUUGGCAGCCCUGCUGGCGUCAGCAUCCCCACCAGCAUCGGCGGCACCGGGUGAGGAAGACCUGGGCAAGGAAGAGCUCUCCAAGGAGAGCAGCAGCAUCUCCUACGCUGAGCAAGACCUGGCGUUGGUGUCCCUGCCAGCAUCGGUGACCCUGGGUGAGGAAGACCUGGGUGAGGAAGAGCUCUCUGAGGAGAGCAGCAGCAUCUCCCACACUGAGCAAGACCUGCCGUUGGCGUCCCUGCCGGCAUCUGCAUCCCCACUGGCAUCGGUGGUGCUGGGUGAGGAAGACCUGGGUGAGGAAGAUCUCUCCGAGGAGAGUGGCAGUGUCUCCCCCUGUGAGCGAGACCUGGCAUCGGCAUCAGCAUCCCCGCCGGCAUCGGUGGCACCAGGUGAGGAAGACCUGGGCGAGGAAGAGCUCUCCUCUGAGAGCAGCAGCGUUUCCCCUGCUGAGCAAGACCUGGCAUCAGCGACGCUGGGCGAGGAAGACCUGGGCGAGGAAGAGCUCUCUGAGGAGAGCAGCAGCAUCUCCCACACCGAGCAGGACCUGGCAUUGGCAGCCCCACCGGCAAAAGCAUCGCUGGGCGAGGAAGACCUGGGCGAGGAAGAGGCUUCUGAGGAGAGCAGCAGCAUCUCCCACACGGAGCAGGAUCUGGCAUUGGCAGCCCCACCGGCAUCAGCGUCGCUGGGCGAGGAAGACCUGGGUGAGGAAGAGCUCUCUGAGGAGAGCAGCAGCAUCUCCCACACCGAGCAGGACCUGGCCUCGGCGUCCCUGCCGGCAUCGGCAGCGCCAGGCGAGGAAGACUUGGGUGAGGAAGAGCUCUCCAAGGAGAGCUGCUCAGCAGCAGAGACGCUGCCAGACCUGGCAUCAGCAUCCCCGCUGGCAUCGGCAGCACCAGCUGAGGAAGACCUGGGUGAGGAAGAGCCCUCUGAGGAGAGCAGCAGCAUCUCCCACACUGAGCCAGACCUGGCAUCGGCAUUGCUGCCGGCAUCAGUGGCACCAGGUGAGGAAGACCUGGGCGAGGAAGAUCUCUCCGAGGAGAGCAGCAGCGUCUCCUCCUCUGAGCGAGACUCGGCAUCGGCAUCGCUGCCGGCGGCGCCGGAGGAGGACGAGUGCCCGGAGGAAGCUGCUGCCGUCGGCACCUCGCCGAGGGAAGCGGAGCUGCACCCGCCGGCGCCGGGCGAUGCCGGCCUGGCCCAGGACGGCCACAUCCAGGUCCCCUCUGAAGAAGCCGCCGCGGAGCCACCGAGUGACCUGGACACUGAGUGCUUCCUCCCCUGCCCUGCUGAGGAAGAGGAGCCGGAGGCCCUGGGGAUGCCGGAGGCCACCGCGGCGGAGCUGGACCUGCAUCACCCGCCGGAGCCCUCUGUCCCCACCGAGCCACCGCGGGAAGCGGAGGGGACCGAGGCCGAUGUGACGAAUGUGCCGGGGCUCUGCACGGCGCCCGGCGACAGCCCCCCGGAGCCCCCGUGCCCGGGAGAGGCCGAAGAGCCCGGCCCGGAGGACAACGCCGCGGCCGAGCCGGAGCGAGCCGCCGGCACCCGCAGCCCCGCGGAGGAGCCCGGGAAGCUGCCGGAGCUCGGCGCCGACGGCCUCUCGGACGGGGCGGCCUCGGACAGCGGGGCGGCGGGGUGGCCGGAGGGCUCGCGGCCGGGGGAGGCCGGGGAGGAGCCGGAGGGCGGGCGGACGGCAGAUGCCGACGGCGCCCGGGAUGCAACCGCCUCGUCCGAGGAGUCGUCGCCGGAGCAGCUGGACACCUCGCGGUCCUGCCUCCGCACCGACUCCAGCUUCUUCCUCGCCCCCGAGGACAACGCCAGCGAGCCGCUGGCCCCCCGGCCCCGCUCCUCCUCAUCCUCCUCCGGCGAUGAAGAGGAGGCCGGUGCCGCCCGGCUCUGCCCGGCGCCCGAGCGGCCGCGUUUCACCGCCUCCGAGCGGGAGGUCUACGUGGGAGCGCCCGCCGCCCCGCCGGCCCCUCUCGAACUGCUCCAACCACCCGGUGCCUUUUUGGAGAGCCCCCAGCCGCCUUCGGCCUCGCGGCGGCUCCGGGAUCGGCAGCAGGUCGCCACCAUGCUGCAGGGCUCCUUCGGGGAGCUGGCGGUGGCCGGGCGGCUCCGGGGCAGGGCCGUCUCGCCGGAGAGCCACGUCCGCGUCCCCCAGCCUGGUGCUCCUCAACCCAAAGAUCUGGAUGUCCCGCUGUCCCCGGAGCGCCUGGAUGUCCCGCUGUCCCCGGAGCGCCUGGACGUCCCGCCGUCCCCGGAGCAUCCCGAUGUGGGGAGCGCCUGCCCCGCUCCUCCAUGCGUGGAGGCAUCUCCUGGCCCCAUGGUGCUGGAGGAGGAGACCCUCGUUGGGGGUCUCCCGGUGGAGAGCAGCCCCACGCCACCCUCGAGCCCUGGCGUCGAGCCUGCGGCCUCCGUGCAGGAGGACGGCGAGGAAGAGGAGGGCACGGCAGGGCUGCUGGAUGCCACCGAAGGCGGAGAGGCUCCUCCGAGCCCCGCGGAGGUGGACGUCCCGCCGGCAGCCUCCGUGGGGCCCCCGGAUGCGGCCCCCAGCCCCGCCACCCCCUCCGCCGCGGAGGAGCCGCCGGCCGCCUCGGCAGCCCCCCGGCCUCCGCUCUCCGACCUCAUCCAAGUGCCUGCGCUGUCCUCGGCGCCUCCCCGCGCGGGACCGCGGCCGGAGGAGCCGUCGCCGUCACCGUCGCCGCCGUCCGUGCCGCCGGGCUCCCGCAAGCGCCUCGACGCCCCCGAGCCGCCGGCCCCGCGCAAGGACAAGUCGCCCGGCGGCCGGGACGCCCGGGGACGGAAGCAGCAGCCCGGGGGCAAAGGGCCGCGGGCCAAGGAGGCGGCGUCGGCCGAGGGGCGCCGGGCGGCCCGCGGCUCCGUGCAGUCCGAGUCGAGCUCCUCCAGCGAGGCGGAGCUGCCCUACCGCUGCCCCGAGAUGGAGCACCUGCGGCAAGCCGCCGGCAUCGCCCUGCUCGAGGACAAGAAGCCCCUGGCGCAGAGGCGGUGCGAGGCCAACCAUAAAGGCUCUUGCAACGACUCGGAAAGCAACGACGAGUCCAUCCCGGAGCUGGAGGAGCCGGACAUCUCGGAGCCGCGGCCGGCCCAGAGCCAGGCCCAGCUCACCCACUCGAUGGGCGCCGGGGAGGAGAGCAUAAGCAAAGCGAAGCAGAGCCGGAGCGAGAAGAAGGCCAGGAAGGCCAUGUCCAAGCUGGGGCUGAGGCAGAUCCACGGCGUCACCCGCAUCACCAUCCGCAAGUCCAAGAACAUCCUCUUCGUCAUCACCAAGCCCGACGUCUUCAAGAGCCCUGCGUCCGACAUCUACAUCGUCUUCGGGGAAGCCAAGAUCGAGGACCUGUCGCAGCAAGUGCACAAGGCUGCGGCAGAGAAGUUCAAGGUGCCCAUGGAGCACUCGCCUCUGAUCACGGAGACGGCCCCCACCCUCACCAUCAAGGAGGAGAGUGAGGAGGAGGAAGAGGUGGAUGAGACAGGGCUGGAGGUGAGGGACAUCGAGCUGGUCAUGGCUCAGGCCAACGUCUCGCGCCCCAAAGCCGUGCGGGCGCUCAGGCACAACAACAACGACAUCGUCAACGCCAUCAUGGAGCUGACCAUGUAGCGGCCGGCGCGGCGGCUCCGCUCCCCCCUUGUAUAGAUGCACAGUUACUCCUCGGCAGCCGGUAUCCGUACUCUAGACCCGCAAAUACUCCUAGUCCGCGUCUGUAACGCUCAAUAAACGGCCUCAUGUAUCACUUGGAUCGCA